AUGUGCGGGCCAUGUAAAAAGAAAACGAUGUUGCUGACACAUUGCAGCGACUGGGGGCACGGCGACGCCAACUUUGAUCAUCUCAUGUCUGGCUAUGCGGCCACGUACUAUAGCUAUCUCUGGUCCAAGGCAUUUGCGGUCGACAUGUUUGAGAGUAUCUUUCGCGACGAUCCUCUGAAUGGCUCCCAUGGACGUCGCUACCGGCGGCUGGUGUUGGAACCAGGUGGUAGCCGAGGUGCACUCGAGGGAGUAACUGAGCUUCUAGGUAGAGAGCCCAGCGUCGAUGCAUUUUGCAGCUAUUUGGGCAUUCACAAAUAG